UUUUUUUGUCAUUGUCAUAUUAGCGGUAAAAUCUGAAAAAUAUGCAUUGAUCCAGCAUCCAUUGUUAUUCCUGUUUUUAUGGACUGAGAAGUCGAGAUGGAUUCAACACUUAUUGAAAGCUUUUUUUUACCCUCCCAUUCAUCUUAGUUGAGAACAAGUUUUUGCCAAACAGAGGAGUGUUUGCCCAGGAAGAAUUCUCCACUCUCCAGAAACUGGAUGGGAAGGAGAAUCUUUGACCUUGGAAAAUGAAGAUGUUGUUGCCAUGGGAACUGUUAAUCCUUCUGUCACUCACAGGGUGCCUCGCUGAAAAUGCUCGUCAUGGUCCUGUCUUCACACAGGAGCCGAGUGACAGUAUUUUCCCAAUGAGCUCUGGUGAUAAGCUGGUGUUUAUUAAUUGCAAAGCAAAGGGAAACCCACCUCCACAUUAUAGGUGGAAAAUGGAUGGCAGGGAUAUAAACACAGACUCGGACUUAAACUACAGCCUUGUAGAGGGCAACCUGCUGAUCAACAACCCUCAUUUCAUCAACCAUGGAGGUGUGUAUCAGUGUAUCGCCACCAACCCAUUUGGGACCGUUGUCAGCAGAGAGGCGGACGUCCAGUUUGCAUUUCUGCAGAACUUCAGCACGAAGCCGAGAAGGACGGUGUCGGUGAGGGAGGGUCAAGCUGUGGUUCUGCUGUGCAGCCCCCCACCGCAUCACGGAGAGAUUAAAUAUUCAUGGGUUUUCGACGGACAGAGUGGUUUCCUGCAGCAGGAUGCUCGGCGUUUCAUCUCUCAGAGGACGGGGAACCUGUAUAUAGCAAAAGUGGAAGCCUCGGACGCAGGGAAUUAUACGUGUGCAGUGAGGAACAUGAUGACCAACACCACAGUGUUCAGCUCUCCAACCCCAGUGGUGGUGCGCCGGGAUGUGAUGGGUGAAUACGAGCCGAAGAUCGAGGUCCAUUUUCCCGACAAGCUUCACGUCUCCAAAGGUUCGUCAGUGAAGCUGGAAUGCUUCGCCUUAGGAAACCCAGUGCCUUCCAUCUCAUGGAGAAGAGCUGAUGGAAAUCCUCUGCCCGGCAAGAUCAAAAUCAACCACUCCGCCGGGGUUCUCGAAAUUCCAUACUUUCGCCCAGAGGAUGCUGGUGUGUACGAAUGCGAAGCAAUAAACAGCAGAGGAAGAAAUGUUGCCAAAGGGCAGCUCAUGUUCCAAAAUGUUGAGCAUCUACACUGGUCUCAAACAUUGAAAGAUGCCUAUAUGGCAAUUGAUGCCAACCUGCAGUGGGAAUGCAAAGCAAUUGGAAAGCCCAGGCCUACAUACAGAUGGUUGAAGAACGGUCAGCCAGUAACAGAGACGAGGAGGGUCCGUGUUGAAGCUGGCCGAUUGACCAUCUCUAAAAUCAGCCUGUCAGACUCUGGGAUGUAUCAGUGUGUGGCAGAAAAUGAAUUUGGAUCUGUCUAUGCUAGUGCUGAGCUUAAAGUUGUUGCCUCACCACCUGACUUUAGCCAGCGGCCCGUGAAGAAGUCCACAGUGAUCCAGAGGGGGCAAGAGGUGGUGUUAGAGUGCCGCCCCAGUGCUUCCCCUAGGGCCUCAAUCUCCUGGUGGAGAAGAGGUGAACUCCUGAAGACCAGUGAGAGGUACACGUGUCUGGCCAGAAACCAUUUUGGAGCAUCCAGCAGCACAGGGACACUGGUGGUGAAAGAGCCCACCAAGAUCAUUGUCCCCCCUUUGAGUUCUGACGCCACUGUGGGACAGAGUCUCGUGCUUCCCUGUGAGGUGUCCAGUGAUUCUUCCCUGAGUCCCAUCUUCAAGUGGUUUUUCAACGGCAAAGCCAUUGAUUUCAUCAGGCAGGAGCACUUUGAGAUGAUUGGAGGGGGAUUUGCAGGAGACCUGAUGGUGAGAAACAUUCAACUAAAGCACUCUGGGAAGUAUGUGUGUAUGGUACACACUGAAGUUGACACUGUUUCAGCAGCGGCAGACUUAAUUGUCAGAGGACCUCCUGGGGCCCCAGAGAGUCCAUUGGUGACUGACAUUACCGAUACUACUGUACAACUGUCCUGGGGCUCUGGACCUGACAACCACAGUCCCAUCACAAUGUACAUGGUGCAAGCCAGAACUCCUUUUUCUAUUGGCUGGCAGACUGUCAGAACAGUUCCUGAUUCUGUGCCUGGACAGAUGAUGCAAGCAACAGUGAGAGAUUUGAUCCCCUGGGUGGAUUAUGAAUUCAGGGUGUUGGCAAUCAACGGUGUUGGAGUUGGAGAACCCAGCACACCAUCUAAACAGAUUCGAACCAAAGCAGCAGCUCCCAAGGUUGCACCAGUUUACGUGAGUGGAGGCGGGGGAGCUCAAGGAGAACUUGUUAUUAUGUGGGAGCCAGUUGCAGAGGAACAGCAGAGUGGAGAGGACUUUGGCUAUGUUGUGGCUUUCCGCCCACUUGGCAGCAGCACUUGGAUCCAGACGGUGCUGGCUUCCCCUGAAGCAUCCAGAUAUAUCUACAGAAAUGACAGCAUUGUUCCCCUGUCUCAGUUUGAGGUGACUGUGGGUGUGUACAACAGCAUGGGAGAGGAACCCUCAGAGGUGCCAUCAAGCGUACUGGCCCGCGCUCUGUCAGCCUCUGAGAUCGAGGUGUCCUGGGAACCAGUUCCUCAUGGGCCCGGCGGCAAGAAAAUCAUUUCAUAUGAGGUUUUCUUUAGGGAGGAAGGAUCUCGGCAGACUGAAGCAGACACAGUUACGGUUAUCAACAGCACGGCUCUACUGUCUGGCUUGAAGAGCAGCACCACUUACCUGAUCUCUGUCAGGGCACAGAACAGCGCUGGACUCGGACCCAGCAGUUCCUGUGUAAACAUCACCACCAAGAAACCGCCUCCAAAGCAGCCUCCUGGCAGCAUUGAGUGGAACCUGACCAACUCGAAGAUCUUUCUAAAUUGGGAACACGUCAAGGCAAUGGGGAAUGAGUCUGAGGUGACUGGAUACAAGGUUGCUUAUCGCCAGGACUGGUAUGGACGGACAACUGUACUUGAAACCAAUAAAACCAAUGUGGAACUGAAAAUCCCUUCAGGAGAGGGCUACGUAAUUGAGAUCAAACCCCUGACUGAAGGGGGUGAUGGCACCAGCAGUAGUCCCAUUCGCAUUCCAAAGAUGUCCAGUAAGUUUCAAAAACUUUGCAGCAUACAGAUUAUUAAAGGGAAAAAAAACGUCUUAACUCAGAAGGAUGUGUGUGCGAAGUUUCAAUGA